AUGGCCUUCCGCAAGCGCAACAUCGCGCUCUCACGCGCUCCCGCAGACGGCGACGCGUCGCCCGCUGCCCCCUCGCCAACCGUAUCCCCCGCACCCACACCCACCGGCGUGCGCCCGUCCCCCAUCGACGGCCGCCCCACCACGUCCACCGGCACGCCCUCGCUCGAUGGUAUUCUCGCCGGCCACGCUGGGCUGCCGCUCGGAAACUCGCUUCUGAUCGGCGAGAGCGGGACGACGGACUACGCGGGCGCGCUGCUGCGGUUCUACGCGGCCGAGGGCGUGGUGCAGGGCCACCGGGUGCAUGUCGUAGGCAUGGGCGAGGUGUGGGGGCGCGAGCUGCCGGGGAUCGCGGAGGAGCGGGGGGACGAGAAGAGGAGGGAGAGCAAGGAGCGCGCGGAGAAGAUGAAGAUUGCGUGGCGGUAUGAGGGGCUGGGGCAGUUUGAGAGUGCGAGAGGUGCGUGUGGGGUAAAGGUGCUGGCGCAGGGAGAGAGUGCGGCGGAGGUGGUGUUCUGCCAUGCGUUUGAUCUGGCGAAACGGCUUACGCUGCCGGUGGGGUCGGCGGUGAAUUACAUCGCGAUACCGCGUGUGGCGGCGUCGCCGUUCAUGGCGAUACUACAGAAUGUGCAGCAGCAGCUUGCGACGACGCCGGCGCACGUUGUGCAUCGCCUUGUCGUUCCAUCUCUCCUCUCGCCUGCGCUGUAUCCUCCCACGUCCUCGCACCCGAAUUCGAUCCUCCAGUUCCUGCAUGCCCUGCGCGCACUGCUGAGACAACACCCUACACGGCUCACCGCCAUGAUCACCCUGCCGCUAUCCCUAUACCCUCGCUCGUCGGGCCUGGUGCGCUGGAUGGAGAUUCUCUCCGACGGCGUCCUCGAGCUCUCGCCCUUCCCAUACUCGCACGCGCAGAUGUUGGCGCAGUCGGCCGGCACCACCAAAGACGAGGAGAAGCCGCAGGGCAUGUUCGCCGUGCACAAGCUGCCUGUGUACCACGAGAAGGGCGGCGGUGGAGGCGCAGAGGACCUGGGUGAAGACAUGGCCUUCACGCUGAGCCGGCGCAAGUUCGUCAUCGCCAAGUUCAGCCUGCCCCCGCUCGAAGGCGACACCGAAGCACAGGAAGCCGCUGUGCGGGAGGCCGCCGGUGGCAGUGCGAUGCCGAAAAAGGCGGAUCUCGAGUUCUAG